AUGCCACCAACCACCUUCUCCACCAUAUACAAUGGCCUCACCACCUUCUCCACCAUCACCAUUAACCCUACCCCCUUUCCUUCUCCUCCGAUCAGUGGAUUGACGUUCUGGUCCUCGACGGUGGUACUACCAGGUCUUCGACUUCGUUUUCGUUUUUUCCCCAAUCCCUAUGAAAUGGCUUCAAUUUCUUCGAGUCCUCGUACAGUAGAAGAGAUCUUUAAAUAUUACAGUCGUCGUCAUGGCAUGGUAAUUCGUGCUUUAACUCAUGGAAGGAAAAACCAUGAGAGACAUGAAAAGUGAAGAUAUGAUCAUGCAGAACAGAAGAAGCAGGACAAAGGGUAAUGAAGAAGAGAAAGAGGGGAUGGAUCCAUAAAUUCAAAUGAAGGUUUCUCGCAAUGUAAGGUGGAACGUGGAUGUAUGUACUGACUGAUGUAUGAUGGUAUUUGUUUGUUGAGUUGGGUGACAGGUGGCAAUUGCAACAGCAGCCAAAGAAAAAGUUCUUCUCGGGAGCUGAAAAGAGUGAAGGAGGAUUUGGAUUCUGCAAAAAAAAAAUGUUGUGAGCUGGAAGAAGAAAAUAAAAUUCCCCGAGAGGUUAAUGAAAUGGAAAAGGGCGACCACCCUGCACAUGAUGAUGAUGACAUGAUACAGAUCUGGCUGGAGAUGUUAUUAGAAGAAAAAGGGCGUUUGGCACAUGAGAAUUCAGUAUACGCACAUGAGAACAUGCAUUUGAGAGAAUUAAUUGAAUACCACCAACUCAGUAUGCAAUAUUUGGUGUAUUGAGAUGAAGCCACUUCAGAUGUUCAAAUUGACCUAUCUACCCCUGCUUCUGUUUGUGCAUAUGCUUGGUCCCGACCAAUGGAAACCUCCCACCGACCAUGACUUACUACUUGUAAGAGUGCAUUAUCUACGCUGCAAAGAACAUCUUUAGUUGAAAAAAUCAAGAAACGAGUCUCCUGAAAAAUGUGAGUUAUAACCGAUGUAGAGGCUAUGAAAAGCUAUAUUUAUGAUGUUGACCCUUCACUCGCUUCAUGUGGAAUUGCUAUUGCAAAACAACUUGCUCAAGUUGAUUGUCAUGUCCUCGAGGCACCAAAGGUAAGCCAAAUGAGUGCUAUUAGAGAAGAACUUAGAGAUAAUGAUGAAGUGGCUGCAUUUGAAAGAAAGAUGCAAGAUGCUGGAAUGCCUCAAAAUAUUUGGAAACAUGCUCAUAAGGAAUUAAGGAAAGUGAAAAAUAUGCAAGCUCAUGGUAUAGUAGCUCAUGUGUUUACCUUGAGCUUCUUGCUGAUAUGCCAUGGUAGACAAGAAGAGACAACAAUCGAAGAAGUUGAAUUGAACUUAUAGUUGUAGAAGAUAUACUAGUCAAAGUCAAACAAAAGAUUAUUGAAUAUCUUUGCAAGGUUAGAAAAACAUUUAAUUUUUUCCUAGGUAGCGCCUGUUUGUUAUGAUUAAUCGUGUAAGGAAUGUAAUGUUUCAUUCCAUUGGAUGAAAAAGAAAAUGUUGUUUAUUUUGUCUCAUGUAUGAAAUUUUUAUUACUUUUU